GGCUUCCCCACCCCACCUCUCCAGGAAAGCGGCCCCAAUUUUGCAGACCCUGCUGAUUUGGAGCUGGUUCACAUCUCAACCCACUCCAGUUGCGGUGCGUUCAUUUGUCACGGAUUCGAAGGGGUCCCGGACCCCUUUCGGCUGCUCCCCAAGCCACACAAUGUGAGCUCCUUCCUGCUCCAGCCCAGAACACAGCUCGCUCAGUCCUGUCAGCUACCCAGCCGGAGCAACUUCCUCCCCUGCUCCUUCGUUUGGCCCUCCAUCCCUGGCUAAUUCGCAAUGAAACUUCACGUUAGCCCGGCUCUUUCUCCCCUACAUUCCUGCUUCCUCGGGCUCAUGCUCCUGUCUAGUGGCUCGGUCCACCUUGGCUCUGCUAUGGAAGUUAUGGUAUCACCUUACAUCAUUGGGCUGAAUGGUACAUCAGCCAAACUGAGCUGCACCUUCAACUCCUGUUAUGACGUGAGUGAAAAGCAAUUCUCCUUAAAUUGGACCUACUCUGAAUGUGACAACUGCACUGAAGAUGUGCUUGUCCAAUUCCGGCGCAAGGUUAUCAUCCCCAGAGAUGACCGCUUUGCAGGCAGGGUGGAGUGGUCAGGGAACCUCAAAAGGAACGAUGUCUCUAUUACAAUUCACGACAUCCAGCUCAGUGAUGAAGGCUUUUACAACUGUUCUGUGUUAAAUCCACCUGACAGACAUAACGGGUGGGGAUUAAUCCACCUGCGAGUGGUCACAGAAGUUCCCCCUGAGCGUGACUCCACAGUGGCUGUGAUUAUAGGGGCGUCAGUUGGAGGCUUUCUGGCUAUCGUCAUUCUGGUCUUAGUCAUUGUGAAGUGUGUGAGGAGGAAAAAGAAACAAGAUCAUCAUUCUGAAGAUCAGAAAACAGAAGAGGAAGGAAAAACAGAUGGCGAAGGCAAUCAGGAAGAAGACGAAAAGCAGCACUAAACCAACACAGGAACUGUGAGCAAAGGUGGAGGCUGACAAUGAUCUGCCUCUGGUGAGAACUGUUGGUCUCCGUGCUUCGUGGGAUAUUUCCGACUCGUCCCUGUGUUUGAUCCAUUGCCUCGUCACAUGAAACAUGAGCGCUGAGAUAAUUCUGCCGUGCUGUGGAAACCAUGCUAGCUCCGCCAUGCAUGUCAUCAACCUCCAAAUCACACAUAGGUGUAACUGGAAAAUACAGAAGUACCCAACGAGACCAUAAGCUUCACACCAUCGCUGUGUAUAUUGCACUACAAAUCAUGCCAAGUCUUCUAUCAGUGUGGUGAUUUCUAACUGAGGAUAUCAAUUGUGCAUGUUUCAACGGAACAGCAACACUGUACCUUCCAGUACCAAUAGUGCACACCCAGGCUGAUUGCUGCAUGGCUUUCUAACACACUGGUGAGGGUAACUUUAACCUAAUCCACUCGGCAGCAUUCCCAAGGGAUUGGGUGCAAUGUUGGUUUUACAUCUCUCUCAAAAUCAGCCUUCAGUUGGAAGUAAAAUCAGGUGAGCUACAAAGCCAGCAAACAGUGCAAGACUAGGGUAUCUUGAGGAGAUACAAGUGAACAGAUCAUUAAAAUGCCAUGAACAAGGACAGAAAAUGAUGGAAAAUGGUUUUAGAAUGUUGGCCUAUGUAUCCCAAGGAGCUUACUGCAAGUGGGUAGAAGUCGUGGUUAAACCACUCCUGGAGACAUUGUAAACUUUUCUGGACAUAGUGCCCUCGGUUAGAUGUUGACCUUAGGGCAGCUGGCAGUGUAGAUUUCCCAGAAGGAUACCUGGAUUCGAAGGGUUAAAUCACAGGGAGAGCCUGCACAAACAUGGCUAGGAAUUUGGAUGGUUAAGGACUGACUUGAUCAAAGUUCUCAAGAUAUUAAGGGCAGCAGAUAGCGUUGAGAGAGAGAAGCUAUUUUUCAUUGGUUGUGAGCUUAGGGCAUAGUCAAAAAAUGGGAGACUGAUCUUUCAGGAGAGAAAUUAGGAAACAUUUUAACACAUAAAAAGGGUGGUUGAAGUUUGGAAUUCUUUUCCACAAACAGAAAUUAAUGCUACAUCUAUUGUUAAUAUUAACUUUUGAUAGAUUUCUAUUAACUGAAGGCAUUAAAAGAUGUGGAACAGGCAAAGACAGAGUUAGUUAACUCUAAUUAGUUAUGGAGUUAAUUGUAGUUCUGCUAUGUUCAGACAGAAGUUUUUGAUAGGGUUCUUAUUGAAUGGCCUCAGGGCUCAAGAGACUAAAUGGCCUCUUCCUGUGCACCCAAUCCCCUGUUUCCAUUGGGCGGGUAAGGUCAAAAUUGCCCUCAAGAUUAAUAUUGUUGUUGACUUUGUUUCUUAUUAAACAAUGCCACAAAACAUCUGCUGUAAAAACUUGGGAGCUAAUGUCUGUACUGAUAUGGUUAACAGGUCCUGAAUGUA